AUGUCCUCCCAAGUCCUUUCGACCGCAUUCGAGGUCGUUGGAAAUUGGGUUCAGUGUCUCGUCAAUUACGCGACCCGGAGGGAAUCUACGUCCCAGAGGCCCAGAAGACUCACGAGCCUCCCAUACGAGCUACUUAUCGACAUCUUCGCAUACCUUGAAUGGAAAGACAUCCUCCGAAUCCGACAGACGUGUCGCCUGUUGAACCAGGUCUCGCGAGAGCGUUCGGUCUGGCUGGCCCUGUUGUAUCGCUACUACGAAACCAAGUUCGCCCGACCUUUCUUUUUGCCCAAGCCGCUUCGCCUCUGCUCGGCAUCCGAUCUUGAAAACCGUAUUACUCGGUGGUGGAGGGGGUUGGAUGGAUUAAUGGUGUCGCCAGUGACAGUGCACAGGUUCAAGCCCCCGGGCCUUGAUUACAGAUUCGGCUUACAAGGACCCGUUCCGGGAGGAAGAUUCCUUUUCUACGCCUUCGGGGACGGAAGACUUGGCUACAUUGACUCGCGGCAACCCAACCCGGAAUUCAUCGACCUCAUACCUUCCCCGAGCGCCUUUUGCGGAAACCCUUGCACAGACAUCUCUGUUGCAAUCGAUGCCUUGUCGCAGCAGCAGUAUACUCCGGACCAUGGAUCAGCCCCUCCUUUGUGUAGCCAGCUAUUCCCUUCGACGUUCAAUAUCGCGGUUCGUCGCAUGAUAUGGGAGGUUCUGGUUCAUUUCGAAAUCUGGCGGUUGACUGCACAGAUUGAAGGGGAGGAUGUUGUAGGAUAUUCUGCCACCCUCUUGACCUCGUUUACCGAGGAUCACACCCUCAGGUUUUUGGGCCCGUGCGCAUUGUACGGCAAGAACCUCGCAUACAAUAUUGACUCCCCGACAAAGGUGGUGACGAUCAUUGACUGGACUGAGAUUCCACAAGGGGCGGAAGAUUAUGCUCGAUCCUACAUUCCAGUUUCCGAAUCCCGAAGGAUUAAGACAAUAUAUCUUCUUCCAGGAAACAUCCUAUUGGCGGUGGAAGAUCGCCAUAAUUACACUAAAUUCUUCGCUUGGAAUUGGGUGGAAGACUCGACACUUCUCUCAGAGCCGCCGUCCAAUCCAGCGGUUGCAGAACUGCGAUCAUGCCCGCCAAUGGCGGAGUCUUCUACCGGGUUAGGACAUCGACUCUCCUUCACAAACCCAUACAUUACCCGCAACUCCAUCCGGCUCGUGCUCGCGAUGGACAACGGAGCACUUGGAGUCAUCCUUCCCAUCGCGACCUCUGGCAGAAAACAGAGUGAAUGUGCUUUCCAGGUCGUGAAACUGCUCGACACAGGUCUGUAUCCCCGCGAAGGUUAUGAGCGGUACGGUUAUAACAGUGGAAUCAGUUUCCCGUACAGCCCGGGAGGAUGUCAGGAAACCGACGGUUGGCACUUGUUUCACUACCGCUGGCCAGAUGAGCAUGAGGAUGGCCCCUCAAUGUCCGUCUGUAAUGCCUUUACACCUCAGCCACCACUCCCCUUCCUCCUUAAGACCUAUAUCGACGAAUCUCAGGCCAAAGUUGUCACUCUCGACAGCAAUUUCAAUGUUGAAGUAUACACUAUCCCGUCGUAG